CCUCGACUUCAUCUCCAUCUGCUGUGCUUUUCUUGUAGAUAGAGUGUCCAGGGUGUUAUGCGCCAAUUGUUCUGCUCACUGCCAGGGCUGCCCUCAGUGAGAUACUACACCGCCGUCCUUGCGUGGCAACCUCGAUCUACCCGCUGCUUCUGCAGAAGCGCGCGACUCGCGUCAUCGACGUAUAGCAAGUAUGCCAUCAAUGUCCCGGUAGGGAAUAAUGGGCAGAUCGCCUUGGAAGUAACCCACCCGAAUGGCUCCUCGGUCCAGAACGGAAAUGUAAUCAUCUAUCUACCACCGGGCCCGGUGUUCAAUCAAUCUGGAAUGAUUGAUGCCUCCGAGCCAAGCGGCCAUGACACAGUUUCAUCUGCGCAAGAUGCUACCGGCUUAUCGCUGGCUCAAGCCCUGGCCUCUAGCACUCUCUCAACCGUAGUAACCAUCAACUACCGGCUGGGCCGUGCCCCAAGCUCACAAUCUCAAGACGCACUAAGGAUAGAGCCCGCCGCAUCGAGCACUGCGGAAGAUACACCAACCAGCACAGAACCAGCCGCACCUGAGCACGGCCUGUAUCAAUAUCCGACGCCAAUCCACGACACCCUCGCCGGCUUCGACUGGGUGCACCAGAACCUCCAGCCCCAGCGCCUAGGAGUCAUUGGCACGCACAUCGGCGGCUCCCUCGCCAUCAUGCUCUCCCUGACUGAAGCGCAGCUCGUCCACGCCGUCGCCGCACUCGAACCCGUCGCUGACUGGACCGCCCUCGACGACCACUGCUUACAAUCCGUGCCCGAAGCCACGGAGCCGAGUCCGCCAACAGCAACAACAACAGCAACAACAACAACCGCAGCAGAAGGAAAGCGAACCGCACACUCCAGCCGCAGCAGGAAACCACCAAUCCCCACCGCGCCGCACGACCUGGUGCCCCUUCUCCACGCCCGCCGAAUUUACUUCACGACCCCCGAGCGCUACUUCGACGCCUUCGCCUCCCCUCUCCUCUUCCUCCGCACCCCAGCCAAGGACGUCCCCCGCCUCUUCCCAGAGUAUCUGACCGGCCCGGGCUACCCGAUCCCGGUCUUGCAACCGAAAACCUCGCAGGAACUCUUCGAAGAAAGCGUGUACAAAUUCUACCCCAGCCUCUCAGACAGCAGCAUGUCGGCGUUGUCCGCCCACACAUCCUCCUCCUCCUCCUCCUCCUCCUCUGAGAGCAGCCCGGAAACCCCCUCGCCACGGCCGUCCCCCUUGCUUUCUUACCUCAGCAGGAAGGCCACAGCUGCCGCUACCGCCGCCACCAGCGCCACCGCCAACCAAGAGCAUGACGAAGGAGAAGGAGGAGGAGGAGAAAGAGGAGCUGUAGAUGAUGACGAGGCGGCGAACCAAAGUCCCGUGCGGCGUAGAAGGAGCGUCCUGCGAUGGCCGCCCUAUGGCCUGGAUUACGGGAUCAGCGGGCCCGCGGUGUUGAACCACCCCAGCCGAGGUGUAAAGCGCUUGGACGUGACGCUGCCGUGGGUGCGCGUAUUUGCACGCGGUGGUGGUGGCGACGGGGGCGGCGGUGGCAUGGUCAGAAACAGCAGUAUGCUGGGGGCUCCGUCCUCCGUACGCGAGAUUCUGGCAAAACGCAAGUCUCGUGCGGGUAAGAGGAAGACGUAUGCGGAUCGUGUCCUGGCUCACCAGGCGGUUGAUGUGGUUGAUGUCAUGCGGCGGGCUUGUUUCUGGGGGCGGGAGAAAGGGUUCGGGGAGAGCAGAGUCUCGCUUGUGGAGGUCGGAGAGGAGGUGUGGCCUGCCUCUGCAGAAAAGUUUGCUGGCGAGUGGCUGCGGGAGGUGAUGCUGGAGGCUGCUGGCAAGAAUAAGCGUUGAACUGUGGUUUGCCUCCCUGUGUACAUUAUAUGGAUAGAUCAACGGGUCGGCAUUAGUGUCUAGAGUCUCGAGUCUGGGAUCAUCUUGUGAGCUCAAGCAAGUCUACUACGGGAUAUGCGAGCACCC